AUGGGGAAGACGCCCAUUUUUCAGGACCCAGACUUUCGACCAAGCGAGGAUGCCAUCCAGGAGAUAAAAUAUAAUGGGAAUAUAUACCGUGGGCGUGAUAUUCAGCGCGUUGUAGACUGGCGCCGUCUAAAGGAUCUGCCGGCCUUCCAAAAAGCUACCGAUGGGCGACCAAGCAUUCGCCUCUUUGAAGGCAAGUCCUCCAUUUUCCAACGAAACGCAACUCAACGCAACGCACCCAAAGCGCUGAGAUUCCGAUGCAUUCCCGUUUGGCGGCAGCAGGGCGCUCAGCCCUGUUUCGCUCAGCCCUCUGGGAAUGAGGCCUGGGUGCUGCUGCUGGAGAAGGCCAUGGCCAAGUACGUGGGCAGCUACUCCCUCCUGGACGGGGGUACGACAUCCUGGGCUCUGGAGACCCUCACGGGUCAUUACACGUGUGUGUUUUUGUUGGAGGGGAAGGCAUACAGUUCGGUCUCAACCGCGAUGCCGGCGGUUGUGUACCAUCUCGCUAUCGGUAACCUCGUAGCGGCAGCCACCGUUGGAACUGACGAUGAUACGGAUGUGGAUGGUGUCGUACGGGCCCAUGCUUACACGGUUAUGGCGGCCCAGCCUGUCAGCUCGGAUGCGAGGGGGCAACUGAUGAUGGUGCAGGUUCGUAACCCGCACGGUUCCGGCGGUCUGGAGUGGAGAGGGGACUGGAGCGACCAGAGCCCCCUUUGGUCUCAACACCCCGAGGUAGUGGGGGGAGGGAGCAACGGUUUUGACUACGUCGAGGACAACACGGCGGGGUUGGUUGAGGUGUUUUAUGACCCGUCCUUCCCGCACGACCACCGGUCGCUGGGCGACUACAAGUUCAUCCUCAACGGUGAACCGAAAACGGGCGCCCAGCUGAAUGAGAUCAUCAAGUGGCUACGUCUGAAGGAUAUCGCCGCCCCGGAGCAGUUUCGUCGGGGGGCCCGGGGCCUCAAACUGUUCGCGGGGGGUGGCACCCACCCGGACGAUAUCGACGGGGGGAGCACGGGGUUGAUGGUGGCGGUGGCGUGUCUCGCUAACAAGCCGGGAGCGGUUGAGGAGCUUUUCGUAAGUGGCCGGGAAUAUAGGCCCGACGGAGCCUACCAAGUACGACUGUACGAACCCAAGACCGGGACCGCAUCCAUUGCGCCAUUUGAUGACUGUAUCCCCUGCUACAACAACACUCCCAUCACUAAAACUAAAAUCCUGGGCAGUGAGGUCUGGGUGCUACUGCUGGAGAAGGCUGUAGCACGACUGGUGGAGUCGUACAGCAAGGUGUCGAUGUGGGGGGUGCAGGUGUGCUGGGCCCUGGCGUGCCUUACCGGUCAAUACACAUGCAUGUUCAUGUGGGAAGACGCCAAGAAGAAGUGGCGGCGGUUGGAGUUGCAGUACGUGGAGAGGCAGCCCGGGCAGUACCGCGCCGAGUACUUGUCGGACGAGCAGUCGCUGAUGGUCAGCGAGGACGUGUUCAAGACUGUUUCCACUCAGCUGGUUCUUGGUUGUCUGAUGGCGGCGGAGAGCGACAAGGAGGAUGUGGGAGGAGAGGGCACAGGGCUGGCUAAGGCCCGGAGUUACAGCGUCCUGGACGCUCGCUGCGGGAUCCGGCUCGGAAGCCUCCGCGCCAACUCUAGGCCCUGGGUGGCUACACAAUCGGACUUGGAAGCGGCUGCUAGGCGGCUGGCUGAGGCGCGGAGACAGCAGGCGCUGAGGGCAGAACAGGAAGCGCUGGAGGAGUCGCAGCACGAGCAGCUUCGAAAGAGAGCGAUGGAACGAGCCCGCGGGCCCACCGCGGGGCAGGUCUUCGCGCAGGCGGCAAUCACAGCCGCCGCAAAUGCGCCGGCGCGGCGUCAGCUGGCACCGCCGCCGCCGCCGUCGGCGUCGACGGCUGCGGCGGGGCCGGCGGGUGGUGGUGGCGGCGGCGGCGCUGGUGGCCGUCCGGUGGUUGAGGUGGUUCCCGAGUCCAAAGCGGGCCCUUGCAAGUCUUGUAGCAUCAUGUGA